AUGGAGUUCAGAACUUCCCGCGCCGAGCUGAUAAAGCUCAUCAACAACGGCAAGGCAGAGAUGAGGUGCAGGGGGAGGAAAAAGGAAGAGCGUAAGGAGGCGCUCAGAGCUUCUCGAAGGCGCUGCCUCGAGAUACACAAGAAGUCUGGCACCAAAGCACAGUCUGAGUACACGGCAAUGACGGUCAAGCGCUACGCAGACACCCAUGACGGCAGAACACCACAGGAGGACGGCUUAGAUACCAUCUUUCAGCUCCACAAAGGUGAAGUCCAAGAGGUUGUUUUGUUCGCCUUGAAUCCAGAGGGCGAGUGGAAAGUCAUCGUAGAAGAUUCGGCUGAGGUAGUGGAGAAGGAGAUAAUUGACGACGGCACCAAGAACUUGCGCUCCAGCCAGAUCGACGCUAAGUUCACGGCGAAAGCCGCCAGAGCCCAGCAGGCUUGCCAAGCGAAGGCGUCAAUGGAGAAGUUGCUCCUGCUGGGCAACGUGGGAGAUGAUGACGACGAAGUGGGAGACGCACCAGAAUCGGAGGUCUCAGAGAGCGACGCCGUCGAGGAGAGCGAUGGAACCACCGACAGCGAUGGCAUUCUGGGUCGCAUGUGUGCUUCGGCCAAGAGACAGAAAACUGGGGCUGCUGCUUCAAAGGCGAAGGCGAAGUCGAAGGCCGGCUCGUCGGCGCCAGCAGGGUCCAGGCAGAAGGCGAGGGGGGGGAAGUCGCAGCCUGCGUCAUCCAAAGGCCCGGACCGCCGGCGCAAAGGCUCGACCGCAUCGAACGCCUCUUCCAAGCCGCCGCAGUCAGCCAGGAAGGAAAAGAAGGGCAAGGACACAGAGGACGUGGAUGCAGGCGAGAUCGCAGUGGACCUGGACUCCUACCUGGAACGCAACGGCAUGGCCGAAGUCAUGGCGAAGUUCGACUCUGCUGUGGCUCACGUGCGCCAGGAAGACGCAGUUCUGAAGCUCUACGACUUGAACGAGAAGGGCGUCGCCGAGUCCUGCAAAGCCUUUUGCUCCACUCUUACCGAUAUCCAGAAGGAGUCGACCAAGGUGUAUUGGAAGAUCGUGAAGCGAACUACGAAGCCCGCGGGCGUGGAGGAGAAGCUCGACGAGUCUCGGAAGCUCAUCAGUGACGAGAUGAGCUACGUCAAGAGCUUCUCAUUCAAGGGCCUGUCUGUGGAGACGAUCGACGUGGAGAUGGCGGAUACUUCGAGGGCCAACCUGCAGGAGACGCACCGCCUGCCAGCGUGUGAGUCGGUACUGUACAUGGCUAAGGCUCUGGACUACUUGCAAUUUGACAAGGUGGGCCAACUGAUGGAGUUGAUCACCGGAGAUGAGUUCAAGUGCAUCCCGCAGGCGACUAAGCAGAAGAUGCACGUCACGCUGGUGGAGAAGGUGCUCGUGACGAUGCUGGGCGGGGUGACUGGCAAAUCGACGUCCAAGGACGAGCAGGUAAUGGUUGAGACGAGGACUGCUUUGGAGGGUAUGCUUAAGUUAUCGGACGACUACUUCGUGGGCCAAGAAGCUUCUGCCGCCGCGCGCCGCGACAUCUUGCACAUCAUUGCCAUGCUUGAUUUCUCGCCCGGGGAGGAGGAAGCAGCUGGGCAGGCGCAACAAGACGCGCUGGAGGCGUUCGACAGCUUCAUCGGGGACGACCACUACAUGGGAUUCUUCCGCACUUUGGCGUCCGUGUCCACCUUCGACGUCAUCCGCGCCCACAUACAGCAGUCGAUCGAUGAGAAGCUCGCUGGGACCACGCAGAACUCCAGGAUGGGUAUGAUCAUGGCCAUCCUGAAGAAGCAAGCCACCAAGACAAAUGCCCUGAACGACGGUGAGAUGAAGAAGCUGACCAAUACCAUCAAAGAGUACGCUAUCGAGAUGCACGACUCCAGGGAUGCUCGAGAAGGAGAGAACCUCAACAGAGCGUUGAAGCUGUGCGUGGAGCACAUCGAGAACUCGAGGACCCAGGCAGUCACAGCCGUAGAAAGCUUCGGGCAGAUCACGCGCGGAGAGGAGGCAUCCGAGGAGUCCAUCACGCAUGCGAAGGGUCUGGCGAAGACGGUCCUCGACGAGCUUAUGGUCGACAUCAAGGCAGCAGGUCUCGGCGAGCUUCACAAGGAGUGCCCAGCUCCAGUGUGGGCCAUGCUGGAGGGCAUGGCGGAGAUCGGUGCGAGCUGCGUCCAGGCGACUGGGGUCAGAAUUCAACCAGGGAUCCACGGCACGUCUUGA